GAUUUUAAACCAAAAUCGUUGGCCGGCGAAAAAGAAACAUUCAUAGCAUUCGGUGGAAACGGUGAUGUACAAGUCGCUGUGCCCGGUGAAGGAAAUGCACUGACGGUAUUUAAAGGAGCGCAGAAACCGGUGAAAGGCGAGAAAGAAUGCCUGCUUUUUUACGAUCAAAGUACCGGUGAAGUAAGGAUUGAAAAAUUGUCUUCAGUAAUGUCUGUUAAGAAAACAAGUUUCACAAUGAAUCCCCGACACUUCUCCAUCCUCUGUCCGCUGAAUUUAGCAUCACAUCUGCGCCGUCUUUUCAUUUAUGGCAGACAUUUCGGAAGCUGUAGCGACUCUUCGUUGCUUUCAUCCUCCGAAUCGGAUGAUUCAGAAUCGGAAGGACUUGAGAAAUCCCGUGCAUCGCUUACGCAGAAAAUUUCGGCUAGCAGAAGUAGUAGCAGCAGUGAUGAUGAUUAUAAUGAAAAUGAUGUGAGGAGCAGCGAUAGUGGUGAUGAUGAUGAUUUACAAGAAGCUCUUGAGCAGCAGCUGCGUUCAGAAUCGAUGCCGGCAAUUGAUGGCACCACCACAGUAAAACAAACAAAACAAUAUUCUCAACUGCUUUCGAACCCUAAAAAAUUGCUGCACGAUGAUUUACAACUGAGUGAAAGUUCUGAUGAAGACUGA